AACAAACACGAAAAUGUCUGGAAGAGGGAAAACCGGCGGCAAGGCAAGGGCAAAGGCGAAGACACGUUCUUCUCGUGCCGGGCUUCAGUUCCCCGUCGGCCGCGUCCACAGGCUUCUGAGGAAGGGUAACUACGCUCAGCGUGUAGGAGCCGGCGCCCCCGUCUAUCUGGCGGCUGUGCUGGAGUACCUGACCGCUGAGAUCCUGGAGCUGGCUGGAAACGCUGCCCGCGACAACAAGAAGACCCGUAUCAUCCCCCGUCACCUGCAGCUGGCUGUCCGCAACGACGAGGAGCUCAACAAGCUGCUGGGCGGAGUGACCAUCGCUCAGGGCGGCGUGCUGCCCAACAUCCAGGCCGUCCUGCUGCCCAAGAAGACCGAGAAGCCCGCCAAGAAAUAGAUACCCGGAACUGGCUUCAACCAAACCAACAAAGGCUCUUUUAAGAGCCACA